UCAAAGGUCACCCGGAAACAAAUAGUGACGUACGUGGAGAAAGCAUGGCGUCGGGUCACCUGAGCAAAAUAAACAGUCUUGCAACGAAAUUUACCUACUUUAGCAGAUUACCACGCCUCCAAGCUUGCUUGGUUCCAGUCCGAGAUGCGUCCAAUAUCCGUGGUCCUUCCAUUGAUGACUGCAGUGACGUGGAGAUCGGUUUGACAUCAGACGGGAAAACGGUUGUUUGCUACCACCCAACCGUGGACAUUCCCUAUGAGCUCACCCAGCGAAUCGAGAGGCCCGACCCGGUGGGAUGCCCUCCCGAAACCCACGAGCAGGUGUUGAAGGCCCACCUCAGCAAGGAGGUCUUGAGGCACAAACCGGGUCCCACCAUAGAAGAGCUGAGCAAGAUGUUUUUCACCACCAAGCACCGCUGGUAUCCGAUUGGACAGUACCACAAAAGACGCAUCAAGACCAAUACUCCAAAGGACCGAUAGUUGUGUAUAUGUCUAAUUUAUGGCCAUUUUCUGUGUAAUAAACUAACACGUAUGUGCACAUAA